AUGGCAGCGCAGCUCUACAAAACGCAUACCGGGCAGCUCUUCCAUGCCGGGUCCAUAGUGAUCAUCAACGUCGGUCUGCCGGCACGCGGCAAGACGCACGGCUCGCGCUCGCUCAUCCGGUACAUGAACUGGCUGGGAGUAAAGUCCAAGUCGUUCCACAUGGGGCAGUACCGGCGACGCCUGUACGGGCCAGACAUCUCAGCCGAGUACUUUGACCUGGGCAACGACGGCAUGACUGAGAAGCGGAGCCACGCCGAGGACAGCUGCAUCGACGAUAUUAUCGAGUAUCUGACGGUGGGCUCAGGGCAGCUGGCAAUAUUCGAUGCGUCGAAUCUGCGGGCAGACCGGCGGCGGUACAUAUACGAGCGGUUUGAGAGCAAGCAGAUCCGGCCUUUGUUUGUCGAGUACAUUUGCGAGAACGACAGGAUCGUGGAGGAGAACAUCCGCAAGGUGAAGAUUACGUCACCAGAUUAUGUCACCAUGGAUGCGGACACCGCGGUCAGGGAUUUCAAGGCGCGGAUCAAGCGCAUGGAGCCGUACUACCAGACAAUCGAGGACGGCGACCUGAGCUACAUCAAGCUGUACAAUGUGGGCGAGCAUAUUGUGGUCAACAAUAUCCGCGGGUACUUGCAGUCGCGCGUGGUGUUUUAUCUGAUGAAUCUGCACAUCUCGGACCGCACAAUCUACCUGGCGCGCAGCGGCGAGUCGAGCAACGAGGGCUCGGGCAUCCGGUACGCCAAGCACCUGCAUGAUGCGAUCCUACGGCGCACCAAGGAGCGGGCGGCCGAGACGUUGAAAAAGACCGGCGUUGAUAACUCGAACAAGAUGCUCAAGGUGUGGACGUCGACGCACGUCAAGAGCUACCAGACGGCCGAGUAUUUUGUAAAGUAUGACAACUUCCCGGUGCGGCGCCGUAUGCUGCUCAAGGGUCUGAAUCCAGGGAUCUGCGAGAACUUGACGCUGGCGGAGGUCAAGGACAAGUUCCCCGACGAGUACCAUGCGUACCUGCGCGAUCCCUCGUACCAUGACGUGUCGGUGCGGCUGGAGCCGGUGAUUCUGGAGCUCGAGAGGGAGCACGACGACCUGCUGAUUAUUGCGCCCGAGUCGGUGCUCAGGUGCAUCUACGCGUACUUUGCACCCAAGGGCCUUCCCGACUCGCUUGAUUCCGACGCUGGCGAGAGACGAGUCGGCAUUUCGCCUUCGGACGAGAACCUGCGCAAAACAAAGACAUCGGCGGCUGACUGGGACGAACCGGCAGCCGAGCCCUCGACCAAGCCCGAAGUGCCGCUCGAUGAUCUGGUGGAAUUCCGGCAAUACCGACAAAGGCACCGCGGCAUCGACACCGAGGCCCUGGCCAAGGGCGACCCCAGCCAGGCCGAUGGCGAUGACGGAGAAAAGAAGGCACCGAUGCUCGACAGCGCAUUUGCGGCCGAAACCAAUACAGUCGACGUCAACAAGCACAUGAUGGCCGGAAAUCCCACGGCCCAGGCGGAACCCGACGCUGAAGACGACCUGUACCAGAUGCCGGAGCACCUGAAGGUAGUUGAGGAAAAGCCGGUGAGCGAGGGCAAUGUGGCGAUGGCGUCAACAAUGCUGACGUCGAUUCCCGAAGAGACCGAGUCUCUGGUCGCCAGGAUGUCGAGUGAGCGAUCAAGAGACAACAGCCGGGUGCUGGGCGCAGUGGGGUCGGCAGUCAGAUACAAAAAAGUGCACGAUCCGUCCGAGCGGUCAUCGAAGGCCACCGACGACAUUACAAUGCAAAAGUUCAAGAAACGCAUGCGGCGAUAG